CUCUUCUCUUCUCCCAAGCUCAGCUCGGCUUCCUCCUCUGCUCCCCCGCCAGCAAGGAAUGCUACCACCACCCCGUCCCCAGCUCCUCCUCCGCCUCUACUUAUACACUUCCUCUCCCUCCCGCCCUGAACUGACAGCGACGCAUUAGCAUCUGGCAUGCUGCGCCCUCGAGCUGAGUCGUCUGGCGUUCCGUCGCCGAGCGGCCUCUCCAUGGACGACGACGUCCACGCCAAGACCCGGUCCUGCGCCGGCGGCGAGACCUCGGCCGCCGCGGCGUCCAGGAUCAUCGCCCAAUGGGCCGCGCGGCGCCGCCAGGCGUGCGAGCAGAUGGUGCUCACCACGCUGGACCUGGACCGCCGAGACCGCGAGUCGGAGCUCCUCGCGCUCGCGCGCCUCCACGCCGUCUCGAUGCUCGACGCCUCCUUCCUUCACGGCGGAGACGGUGGCGGCAGGCGGCGCGCGCGGUCGCCGGAGCGCGCUCUGGUUAGGCGGAUCGCCAGGGAGUGGGCGGGCGGGGCCGCCGCCAGCGAGGGCGCGGCGCGGGGGCGGGGCGAGGAGUGGCUGGGCGAGACGGAGCGCGAGCGGGUGCGCUCCGUCCGGGAGCGCGUCCGCAUGGCCACCGCCCAGCAGCAGCAGGGCGUCGGCGGCGACCAGGGGGGAUCCACCACUCGGGAUCGCCGGCUGGCGCGCGCCGACGUUGUGAGGCGCAUGGCAAUGGAGCGACAGCGUGAGCUGCAGGGCCUCUCCGAGCACCGUGCCGUCUCCGCAUUCGCUCACCGCGGCCGCAUUCAGUCUUUUCUCCGAGGUAGAUUCUUUCGUAACGGGAGGCCUAUGAACGAUGAGAGACCAAACUCUAUGGCAGCCAGAGAAUUAGGACAGCUUAGACAGAGGCAUCCUGUCUCUAGAUUGAGUACCAAUGUACCAUUGAGAAGUGAUGGUGUAAUACUUCAGGUUGUAAGUGAUGAUAACCAUCAUAUAGAGAAUGCAGCUCAUUAUUAUCAAAUCCAGACAAAUCGAUCAAUGGAAGAUGAAGCUGUGCAUGUCGAAAGCACUGUACCUGGCAGUAACAGUGUUCCGCAAGAUGAUUUUUCCCAAGAACAAAUACAACAAUCUGAGAAGCAUUCAGAUUCGCGGUCCUCAGAGCUGGAUAGUGAGCAAUCUGUGUCUACCUCCUCAUCGACUGCAUCUGGCAACAGCAUGCAGCAGGAAGCUGAAACUGAUUUGCCAUGGUCAAGGGAUAUUUCUGUCACUGAGGCCGAUGGACAUGACAGCGCCUUCCUACAUAGAGACGAGGAAUGGCAUGUCAUCGAAUCUCAGGAAGAGGAACCACAGUGGCAGUUAAGCCGGAGUUUCAAUUCUACCAGGAAUAGGUUUAGUCCACCUGAAGAUGAUGUGUAUGGAGUUGAGCUCAGAGAACUCUUAAGCAGGCGAAGCGUGUCGAACCUUCUUAGCAGCGGCUUCCGUGAAAGUCUGGACCAGCUCAUUCAGUCUUAUGUUCAGAGGCAAGAACAUGAUCCUCACGAUUGGGAUUUCGAAGAAGGGCAGAGACCAAGCACUGGUUUACUCAACGAGGAUCCUAUCGAGAUCAGGAUCGACGAACCAACUCGGGUUGGGAGUGAGAAUGCACCCCAGCCUUCGACUGUGUUAUCUGAUCAGGCGGUUCAAUGGCAGCAAUAUCAUAACUGGAGCCAGCAAACCAUGCAUCGCUCUGAACUUGAGUGGGACGCCAUCCAUGUUUUGCGAGAUGAGCUGAGUGGAGUACAGAGAGGAAUGAGCAGCAUGCAGCAGAUGCUGGAAGCGUGCAUGGAGAUGCAGAUAGAGUUGCAGCGCUCCAUCAAACAAGAAGUUUCUGCUGCUCUGAACCGAUCACCGUUAACCAUGCAAGAUGAAGAAACGUUAGAGGAUGGAUCACAAUGGAAGCUAGCAAGGAAAGGGACCUGCUGCAUCUGCUGUGAUAAUCAAAUUGACUCGCUUCUUUACAGAUGUGGGCAUAUGUGCACCUGCUCAAAGUGCGCAAGCGAGUUACUCCACGGGGUCGGCAAAUGCCCGCUGUGCCGUGCGCCUAUAGUUGAGGUCAUCCGAGCCUACUGCAUACUGUAAUUGUAACAGGAAUUUAUAGGAAGACAGAGGUGGUUAAUUUGAUGAGGCUCUCUUCAGUCUUGAGUUUGACUGCAGCAGCAGCUGUAUCUUAGUUCUUAGGGAUGGUAACCAUAUCUGAAACCUGUAUUCUGCGUAGUUUCUGUAGCCUCCAUGCUAAUGUGCUCUAAUCCAGUAGCAGCGAGAUGAAAUAAAGUGAUCCAUGGGAUCAUCAACAGUGUUGUACUAUC